AUGCGUUUCUCCGCCGCCAUCUGCCUUUUCCUGGCCUCGUUCGCCUUGGCCCAGUCGUCCAAACACUCAACAACCCACUCUGCAGCCAGUAAAACCGCUUCGGCCGCCGCCACCACCAGCCACAAGACUACCAGUAGCCGCGCUGCUGGACCGAAGGAGACUGCUGCAAUUGCUUUGGGGGCCCUGCUCGGGGGUGUGGGCGUUGUCGCAAACAUGUAA